AUGAGGUCAUCUAUGGGCCUGAAACGAACGGUUAAAGAGAUACUAGAGACAAGGCAGACACGGGACUUUUCUCGUGCUGGCUUGAAACUUUUGCGAUCACAGGAGUCGGCGAAGGCAGAGCUCAUACAGUUCUUGGCAAAACUCAAAUCGGUUGUAGCCCCGAAACGAGCAAUUGGCUUUCAGAACUCGGUCAUCAACUCACUAAUGCACAAUGCUCUCACCAAGAUGGUGGUUACUUUGCCACCUGCUUCUCCUCAAGCUCUUCACUGCAGUCAGACCAGACCAUUGAAUGGAAGUUCCAUUGGACGAGACCAUGAGCCAUUCAGACUUCAGAGGCUAGAGAAGAACAAGUCGAAUGGAGUGCUGACAAUACUCUGA